AUGGAGAAAUUCAUCGAUCAUCAGAUUAGCCUGAUACAACAAGAAAAGACCAUUGAUGUCGAAGAAACGUCGAAACUUUUAUCCACGUACACACCACUCCAACUUCAAAAACGCGGACUUGCCUUGAUUGGUCUCAAGGUUACGGGAAUGCGAACUGGUUUGGGUGGUAAAAGUUUAAUUGAUCUUGAACUUGCAAACCCAAUCAAGCUUCCACCUGUAUUACCUGCCCACAAAAUCUCUACGGGUGAUAUUGUCGGAUUGGAUGAAUAUAAAAAAGACAAGCCUUCAAAACAAUCGGCGCAAUGGUCUGGUGUUGUUUUGAGAGUAACUGAUUCCAAAGUGACUAUUGCUCUAUCCCAGGACACGGAUGAUGAACUCCCUCCUGAAAUCCAAGAACGCUGUCAAAUGCAAGCUACUUAA